AUGGAUCCUCGAGGACAAAACCCCUUCUACGAAUCCGCUAUCGUCGACGACGACUCCGCCAAGGGAACCAAUACGACGUCCUCAGGCCACCUCGUGUCCCAAUCGCCACUUCCCCGAUCCAGAUCCUUCUCCGACGGCGGCCCGUCCGGUCCCAAACUCUCACCCUCCCCGAACAUCAUCGCAGCCGCUUCCUCCCGCCGAACAAAAGACGACAUAGCGCUCAAAGACACCACGAUCUCCACCCCCGCCUCGCUGUCCGCCUCCACACCCUCUACGCCGUGCCGCGAUGAGUUCCCCCGCCGAGGUCUCAACCUCCAGGCACCACCGAAUCGAGACUUCACGUCCCCGGGCGGCCCUACGUCAUCGCACCAGCCCGGAAGCAACAGUCCGUACUUCGCCGGCCGAGUCGCCCCGCUGAGUCCGAAGCUCGACCCUUCGCAGGUGUUUGCUUCGCCGACUAAUAUUUUGCCGCGUCGAUCGAGGGGUCUGGACUUUUCAAGGGCUGCGACUAGUCUACACCAUUCGAUGCUCGCUGAUCAGUCGAGUCCCGACUCGAGUCCGACCAUGGGUGGGAGGGCGAUGAAUAUACCGAAUCGAAGGAGUGGUGACUUUAGUAGCACGGAGCAAUCGUCCAACUCGCUCUGGUCUGUAAUGGGUAGCCAGGAGAGGAUGAACCUGUCGGGUUCUUUGGGGAGCGUUCCGGGGAUUGUGCCGUCGGAUUCAUCUUCCAGCUCCGACGACGACGUCAUGGACGAGGAUAUGGAUGAGAGCUAUCUGACUACUCCGCAGGCUAAGGCUACGAUAUCCCUUGGCGGCCCACAGCCUGCUCCAUGGUCCCUGGGGGGCUCGCCCGCCGUCAGCAGCUUGAUGAACUUCCAGCAACGACAACGGCCGAAGAAGCACCCGAAGCGCCGUCUCCGUGCGGGUCUCGGCCUUGGGGGUAUUUUUCCAAGUGGUGUGUCCAAGUCACCGCCGAACGGCAUGGCCAUGGACGUGUCUCAUUCGCGGCGCGAGAGUAUUAGCUGGCAAGCUAAUCAGCUGCAUCUGUCGGGGAGCGAGGGCGAGGAUGUCUCGUCGAAGGCGGAAAAUCCCCUGGGAACUCCGAGCCGUGAUCGUAGUGUUAUCCGUCGCGUUGUUACCAGGAGGGGGAAUCUCUUUCCGAAAACGAAAGGAUUCGCCCGUAUUCGAGCCGCUCUAGCGGAAGAAAGCGCCCCAGUCGAGGCCGAAAUCUGCAGAGAGGCAGAAGUCGUCCGCCAGGUCCUCGAGAGCGAUGUACCCUACGAGCGCGGACCGACCGCCAUCCCCCCGCUCUCUGCCCCUACCACCACCAACUCCUCUCCGUCCCUCAAGCCCCAAGACGACAUGGACGAUAUGAUCACUGACUCGGGCCUCGGUAUAUCCUCCACGUCUCGCCUGCAACAACAGCAACAACAACAACAACCACCCCCUCUCAAGGGCCUUCUCCCCAGCGCCCGCCUCCCCUGGGACGCUGCCGCUGCCGAGCCCACAAGCAACACCUCAAGCGCCUACACCACGCCACCACUCCCGCCCUUCCGACCCCGCGGCUCCUCCACCAUCAGCGAAGACAUGUCCAUGGAUUCCCAAAGCGGUCCCUUCUCCUCCUCCACCCAACCGCAACCGCCCUCGGCCGCCGAAAUCACCCGCCGCAUCAACAACAAGCGCCGCCGCGACGACGACCUCGACCCCGUAGCCCUCAAGCGCCGCGCCGUGAGCCCCAGCGUCAGCGUGCACAACUCGCCCGUCAUGCAGAGCCCCAUGCAGCGCGACGCGGCGCCGUGGGGGUCCAGACCCGGGAGUAAUUGCGGUGAUAGGGGCGGAAGCAGCGCGGCGAGCGAUUCGGGGAGCAUAGGCGGAACGCCGGGGAGUGUGUCUGUUGGGGCGACGGGGAGGAUUGGUGGUGGGGGGAAGGGGAGGGUUGGGUUUCAGGGGAUGGUGGAUACGAGUGAUGGGAUGAUGAGGAUGAGUAUUGAGUAG